CUGACCAAAGCAAACCUAACGGUUGGCUCGCACGUUGAUGUCGGGACUUAUUAGCUGCUAGCUGCUGAAUUUUUUAAAUAUUUUUUUAAUAUAGUAUUAUUAUUUAUUUAUUUUUUAAUUUUUGGGGCGCUUUCAUCUGGUAAUUCCCCCGAGGUUGAGAAAAUGUCUGUGACUGAAAUGUUCAGCUACAUCCAGGGCUUCUUGAGCGCCGACCAGGACGUCAGAGAGGACAUUCGUAAGGUGGUCCAGAAUUUGGAGCAGACCGCCAGGGAAAUCCUCACGGUGCUUCAGAGUGUUCACCAGCCGUCUGGCUUCAAAGAGAUUCCCAGUAGAUGUGUCAGGGCACGGGAGUUAUUCUGCACUGUAAGGACGCACAUGGCUGAGCUCAAAACCAAAUUUCCUGCUGAGCAGUACUACAGGUUCCACGAACACUGGCGGUUUGUCCUGCAGCGCUUGGUCUUCUUAGCGGCCUUUGUCAUCUACCUGGAAAGCGAAGCCCUCGUCACCCGGGAGGAGGUGGCUCAGAUACUUGGAAUUGAAGUUGUGCGAGAGAAGGGCUUUCACCUGGAUGUUGAAGAUUUCCUGGCAGGAGUGCUGAUAAUGGCCAGUGAACUGUCGCGGUUAGCAGUGAACAGCGUCACAGCGGGAGACUACAGCCGGCCGCUCCGCAUCUCCAACUUCAUCAACGAGCUGGACUCGGGCUUCCGCCUGCUCAACCUGAAGAACGACCCGCUGAGGAAGCGCUACGACGGUCUGAAGUACGACGUGAAGAAGAUCGAAGAGGUGGUCUAUGACCUGUCCAUCCGCGGUCUGGCGAAGGAGCCCGAGUCCGGCGGAGACAAGUAGAACAAAGAGCGUCGUUAGUUUGCUGUCGGAGCAGGAGGGCGGGGGGUUGUUGGCAGCUGCUUCCUGCUGCGGGACCUUCUGCAUGAUCGCCGCAUGUUGGAGACCUGGAAAGUCGGAGAUCCAGGGAUCUGUCUGAGGUCCCCAGCAGCCAAGGACAGACUGCGCGACGGUGUGUCUGUGUAUGCGUGCGAGUGAUUCAGCAUGUAUUUGUGCAAAUGCAUGCGGGAGCGGUGGUUCAGAUGGAUGUCAGUCUGUCAGAAAGGCAGCAGAGGCGGUAAGGGGAUCUCAACGUUCUCAUUCAGAAGUGUAAGAUUAAAGGUUCAGUUCGUUGCAAGUUUUGGAAACGCGUUCCUGUGUUGCAGCGUCAUUGUAUUUUAUCGUUCAUUCAGAUUUGCAACAGGGCCCUGUUUGGGAAGACUGUCAGAGAUGUUGUUUGUGUUUCAAUCUUUUUGUCCUGUCUUAUGUUCUAUUUCUCUUGUCAAAAUGUUAAAUUUGUUUAAAAAAAAAAUUUUGUUUACUCUGUGAUUUAAAUAGUUGAAGAAUUCAUAAGGUUCAAAAGUUACCAGGUCUCGUUCACAACGCAAGUUUUUCAUCCAAUAAAUACAAGCUUAAAUCUUUGGGUCCACUAACUCGGUUAACUUAGUCAGAUUUUUUUUUAUUUUUAAUUUCAAAUUCUGAUUUUUGGUUUGUACUUUUUAUGAGACUCAAGGAGUGAAAAGCCAAAGAAAUGACAGUGUUGCACUUCGCCGUACAAUAAGAACAAACUGUGACCCGUUAAAUGACCUGUAGUUACAAACCGUUUUGAAACUGUGCCAGUUGUCUGUUUAGCCGUUUCUGUUGUUCAGCGUCAGGAAGUAGUGAAAAAAAAUGGUGUCUUACAUGGCUUGUUUUGUUUUUAAAUAAAGGUUCUUUUUUUUUAUU